GCACCACAGAGCUUAAAGAAGAACAGGUUAAUGGUAGAGAUGGUGGCAUUUUUAUUUCCUGGGAGCCCAGACAUAUAUAUGACAGUUACAUUAUUGAUUGGUGUAACUUUCCGAUGUUGCAGCCAUGUGAUUUGCAGUGGGAGAAAUUUGAGGCCAACACUUCCAAUGCUCUGAUCACCUCAGCUGCUUUUGUCCCGGGUGUGAGAUACAACUUCAACAUCCAUGGAUCUGUUGCUAAUACCGCCUCUUUACUGGAGAAGAAGACUGGUUAUGUCAGGGAGCUACCUCCUCCGUUGGACCCUGUCGUGGAAGAAGAAGAACUGACUUUCAAUGAAGUAACACUGUCUUGGGAUUCUUAUCCCACAAAUGAAUCACAACCUGGCUUUGUAAGAGGGUACCAUGUUUAUGUGUCACCUAUACAAGAGGACUGCAAUUUGAAAGGGUCCAAAAAACAUGUUCUUCCAGAUAAUUCAGUGCUGUGUAAAUACACAAUUGAAAACCCGGAAGAAAAGAGUUACACUGUGAAGCACCUAUUGCCAAACACAAAGUACAAACUCGUGGUUAAAGCAUAUACAGGUGGAGGAGAGACUCCCAUUGUUAACUUCAGAUACAUAGAUACACCUUUUAACUCAAACAUGCUUUACCUUCUAGUCCUGAUAGUGGUAGUUCCAUCACUAGUAGCAGCUAUAUGCCCCUGGAAGAUGAAGUGGGUGAAGGAGUGUUGCUGUCCUGUAAUACCUAGUCCUAACAAGAGCAAAGUGCUGUCAUUCAAAGAGUUUAAGAUUGGUUCUGAGAAAGUACUGAAAAUAAGUGACUGCAUUCCUGAUGUGCUAGCAGUGGACAACAAGGCUGAAGCUCAGAAACUACAUCCAUGGAGCCAGUUGUCUCCAACGCCAACAGAAAAUAAGAUUGAUGGUCACAAUUCUUCCUGGAUUUACCCUAAUAAAAAAGAAGAGAGAGGAUUUAUACUGACACCUAUACCUCAGACUCAAACUUGGUUUGAAAAUUUUUCUUAUUCUUCUCAUCUUACAGUUGAAUGUGAUCCUUGUCAACUACCGGAGACACUAGAGGCAAGCACGCCAGAACUGUCGGUAGUGCUGUACCAGCCACACUACUGCUUUGAUAUUUUUAAUGAAGAUGCUGCCUCAAUGCUGACAGAAACAACUGGCAGAAAGACCAGUCUGAGAUACAUUUCACAAACAGAUGUGCACUGCCUAGGGAGGAGGCUUUGA